CGUUACACUGUGAUACCGUUAUACAUAAACUGACGAUUCUGCUGAAUGUGUCAAACGUGACGAUGGAAGACAGCAAUUGCUCAGAGUAUUCAAUGAUCAAUGCUGUUCAUUCAUUAUGUCAAAAGAACGCAAAAUGCAAUUCCAAGUUGAAAUGGCUACUGUCAAAACAGAUUUGGCCCCCCUCUGAUCGGACAGCCUUGUUGGAGGGUCUGUCACAGCUGUUCCUUGACUUCCAAUGUUCCGCUGACAUAUGCACCAGUGUCCGACCUCUCAUCCUCGAUAUAAUUGAGAGAUCCAAGACUUCAGUGCUUCUACAUGGACAUGAAAACAAUAUUUAUAUUACCAAAUUUGCAGUUGCUUUAAGUUUAGGUAUAGGCAGUACACCAGAUCUCAGGAACUUUUCUGUUGAAUUUUUGAAUACAUACAAGCCAUUUUGUCAGUCACCUAAUUCUGAUGGAGAGCCAAGGAAGAAAAAGAAGAAAAAAGAAAAGUUGAGCGAUCUUGAGUUGUGUCGGGCAAUGUGGACCUUUGUAGACGUCCUGGGAGAAAGUGUGGAGGGCUGCAUCACACUGGACCUCCUGGUGGCCUAUCUGUCUCACCAUGAAUCCCAAGUCAGAUGGUUUGCUGCGGAGGCUGUGUCCCAACUGGUCCGGAUGUCAGAGAGUCAGAGGGAGAUGUUCCUGCGGAAAUACUUCACUGAAGAAGAGAUCAGAGAACUUUCUGUUAGAUAUUUAUUAGAAGAUGGUCCUAAAAGGAAGGCUGAGUCUUUGGUUGUCGUGACAACAGAUGUGAAGAAGUUGAGUCACACGAUGCAGGGCCUGGUCAGCAUGGACUUCAGUGACAGUGUUGUGGAAGUUGCUGGCCUCCUGUUGCCAAGACUACAAGGGGAGACAAUCAUGACAGCGUCUGUGGAGCUUGUUCCCGUGCCCUCCAUGCUCAGCAACCUCCGCAGCCUGGCACUGGCGGUCGUGUCGGGGGCCCCGGUCCUGCUGCAGGGGCCAGUCGGCAGUGGGAAGACAACUCUUGUCCAGCACCUGGCUGGCCUGACAGGGAGACACACUACACCACACCUGAUCAAGAUACAACUAGGGGACCAGACUGACAGCAAGGCACUGCUUGGCACCUACAGAUGCACGGAGGUCCCGGGGGAGUUCGUGUGGCAGCCAGGCAUCCUCACGCGGGCCGUAACUGAAGGAUUCUGGGUACUUUUGGAAGACAUUGACUUUGCACCGAUGGACGUUGUGUCCAUACUCCUGCCCCUGUUGGAGACCAACACAUUGACCAUUCCAGGUCAUGGGGACAACGUCAAGGCCAACCCUGGCUUCAGACUGUUUGCCACACAACGACUUGUAGGAAGCAGCAGUGGGUGGCAUCGUCAGCGCAGCGGUAGUGCUCUCCUCCUGGAGAAGAUGUGGACCAGGAUCAAUGUUGAACCCCUCUCACGCUCUGAGCUGGAAAAGGUGAUAGUGAGCCAGUUCCCCCAGUUGGCCACCGUGGUGGAGAAGCUACUGGACAUAUACCUCAUGUUGUCAGCCGGCAAACACGACUCCGAUACGUCUAUAUCAGACACCGACAGUACAGGAAAGUUCCUGUCUUUAGCAGGGAGACUAGUGUCUACCAGGGAUCUCAUGACAUGGAUCAACAGAGUCAGUUCCGAGUUCGAUAUAUCAUCCACCGAGGCUGGCACCAAGGUGUUCCAGGAAGCCUUGGACUGUUUUGUGUCCUGUCUCCCCAAACCAAGCAAGAGGAUGCCAUUAGCAGAGGCCAUUGGCGCCAAACUCAAUGUAUCAAAAAUAAAGGCUGAGUUCUACAUCUGUAAGUACAAGCCCAACAUUGAAGUGAGUGAGUCAUCCUUCACCGCUGGCCGCGUUGUCCUACCCAGAAAACCAGCAGACAUCAUGACAAUGAACAGAGUGUGCCUGCCGACAUUUGCAUACACCCGUCAGUCUGUGUGUCUGCUGGAGAAGGUGUCGGUGUGUGUCAGCCGGAAUGAACCGGUGCUGCUUGUUGGUGAGACGGGGACAGGCAAAACAUCAUCCGUCCAGUUCCUGGCUCAUCAACUGGGACACAGGCUGCACGUAAUCAACCUAAACCAGCAGAGUGACAGCACAGACCUGCUGGGAGGGUUCAAGCCGGUUGAUCUGAAGUUUGUCAUCAUGCCCUUCAGGGAGGACUUUGAGAUGCUUUUCAUGAAAACUUUCUCCAGGAAACAAAAUACAAGGUUUCUGGGCCACAUACAGGAUUGUUUCUCUCGGAGAAAGUGGGGUGACUUGCUGACACUGAUGGACCACACUCAGAAGUCUGCUGCCAAGAAGUUUGGCAAGGGUACAGAGCAUCACCGAGAGUGGAAGAAGAUUGGCCGGCGUCUGCAUCAGCUCAAGGUUCAGGUGCAGCAGAUAGAGAAUGCCCUUGCCUUCUCCUUCAUUGAGGGAACCUUGGUGAAAGCAUUGCGUGCUGGAGACUGGGUUCUGCUGGAUGAGAUCAACCUUGCUGCUGCCGAGACACUGGAGUGUCUCAGUGGUCUGUUGGAGAGUACCUCGGGGUCGGUGGUGCUUACAGAGAGGGGCGAUGUGGACCCCGUUGUCCGUCACCGUGAGUUCCGUCUCUUCGCCUGCAUGAACCCGGCUACUGAUGUUGGAAAGAAGGACCUCACUCCUGGCAUCAGAAACAGGUUCACGGAGCUCUACGUGGAUGAGCUGGAGGACACACAGGACCUGAAGAUUCUGACCAAUGACUAUCUCCGUGGUUUGUCGCUGUCCUCCUCACAGGUCGACGGGAUUGUCAAGUUCUACCUCACUGUAACAACCAGAAAUAUUUACAAACGACUUACUGAUGGCACUGGGCAUAAACCUCAUUUCAGUUUGCGAACCCUGUGCCGGGCCCUGAAGUUCGCCUCCAGUAACCCGUGUGGCCUUGUAGCACGAUCUCUGUAUGAGGGUUUCUGCCUUAGUUUCCUGACCCAGCUGGACCGGUCGUCCCACCCCGUGGUGGAGAAGCUUGUGUGUCAGCAUGUAGUAGGGAAGGCCAACAUCAAGGCUAUUCUCAAACAGCCGCUGCCACAGCCCCACGGUGCCAAACACCUCAAGUUCGAGGGUUACUGGAUAUCCCAGGGUGCACUGGAGCCUCAUGUGCCAGACAAUUACAUUCUCACACCAUCAGUCAGAGAAAACUUGCGAGAUUUGGCCCGAGUUAUCUCAGCUAGCCAGCACCCAGUGCUGCUACAGGGUGAGACGUCGGUGGGGAAGACGAGUCUGAUCACGUGGUUGGCACAGUCCAGUGGGAACCAGUGUGUGAGAGUCAACAACCAUGAACACACGGACCUGCAGGAGUACGUUGGCUGUUACGCAGCAGAUGAGUCUGGCAAACUUGUCUUCAAGGAAGGUGUCCUGGUGGAGGCGAUGAGACAGGGACAUUGGAUCAUCCUCGACGAGCUGAACCUGGCCCCAACUGACGUCCUAGAGGCCCUCAACAGGCUGUUGGAUGACAACCGAGAACUGUUUAUAGCGGAGACCCAGGAGACGGUGAAGGCUCACCCCAAGUUCAUGCUGUUCGCUACCCAGAAUCCUCCAGGAAUGUAUGGAGGCAGGAAGAUGCUGUCUCGAGCCUUCAGGAAUCGUUUCAUUGAGCUACACUUCAACGAAAUACCAAGCAUUGAACUGGAGACGAUUCUCCAUCAGCGCUGCAGCAUCCCACUGUCCUACGACAAACGACUUGUCAAGGUCAUGCUGGAGCUUCAGAUGAGGCGGCGUGGAUCAGGGGUGUUUGCAGGAAAGCAGGGCUUCAUGACGUUGAGGGAUCUGUUCCGGUGGGCAGAGAGGUACAGCAGUACUGAUGUCAAGACAAGUGCCAAGUUCUACGACUGGGACCAGCACCUUGCUGAUCAUGGCUACAUGUUGCUGGCUGGCCGUGUGAGGAAGGCGGACGAGUCUGUUGUUAUUCAAGAGGUCCUCAAGAAGCAUCUGAAGCGGGAUGUCAAUUCCAGCCUGCUGUUUGACUUGACUGGCAAGACGUCCACAUCAACAGCCCCCUUGUUGAAGGAGGUCACUGACCAAUCAGUGGAGGGCUUUCAACACAUAGUGUGGACACACAAUAUGAGAAGACUGGCUGUUCUCAUUGGCCAGGCCAUCAAGUUCAGGGAGCCUGUCCUGCUGGUCGGAGAAACUGGUUGUGGCAAGACGACAAUAUGUCAGUUGUAUGCAGCCAUGAGAGGGCGCCACCUGUACAGUGUUAACUGCCACCUCCACACAGAGAGUGCCGACUUCCUCGGGGGACUAAGGCCAGUUCGUUCUCAUGCAGAACAGGAUGACCCGAAGGAGAUGAAGCUGUUUGAGUGGUUGGAUGGCCCGCUGGUGACGGCCAUGAAGGAGGGCAGCAUGUUCCUCAUCGACGAGAUUUCCCUGGCAGACGACUCGGUGCUGGAGCGGCUUAACAGUGUGUUGGAGCCAGAGCAGACGCUGCUGCUGGCGGAGAAGGGUGGCGGAGAUGGGGGCAGCAACGUGGUGGAGCAAGUCAAGGCGGUAGCAGGAUUCCAGGUGUUCGCAACCAUGAAUCCUGGUGGGGAUUUCGGCAAGAAGGAGCUGUCUCCGGCACUACGGAACAGGUUCACUGAGAUCUGGUGUCCACCCUCGUGUCAGAGGGACGACCUUGAGGAGAUCAUUGAACACAACAUCCGUGACGGCCUUGUUCUGGGCAACCAACAGGAUGGCACCACUGGGUUUGGAGCGGCCAUAUUAGAUUUCAUUGAGUGGUUCUCAAAUAAUGAAAUUGGAAAGAAGUGUACAGUGAGUAUUCGAGACAUCCUGUCCUGGGUCAACUUCAUCAACACCUGUGCCACACCUGAUUUUGGGGAUGUUUCUAUGGAAACCUCAGAAAGUGGCCUUGACCCUGUGAGGGCAUACAUCCACGGAGCUUGUCUUGUUUUUCUGGACAGUCUAGGAAGUGGUACUUCAAGUCACACGGCUGACUUCAGUGUAGAGGUAGCCCGUGACACAUGCCUCCAGUAUCUCGUCAAGCAGGUCAAUUCUUUUGGUGGCCAUGAUUACAACAUGGCUGACUUGCAUCUGUGUCUCCAGAAAGAGGCUGCAGGGAAGAUGGAUGUUGUCAGCACGGAUGAUGUGUUCUCCAUACCUCCCUUCAGCAUUCCGAGAGGUGACCUUCACCCUGAGUCCAGCACCAAGUAUGCCCUGCAGGCACCAACCACCUGCAUGAAUGCACAGCGGGUUCUGAGGGCACUGCAGUUGCCACGCCCACUGCUUCUGGAGGGGUCACCAGGGGUCGGGAAGACCAGUCUCGUCACCGCAAUAGCUCGGUCAGCCGGGCGUGAACUUGUACGCAUCAAUCUGUCCGAGCAGACGGACUUGUUUGGUGCUGACCUGCCUGUGGAGGGUGCAGAAGGGGGGAGGUUUGCAUGGAGGGAUGGCCCCCUCCUGCAGGCACUGAAGGCGGGUCAUUGGGUUGUCCUUGAUGAGUUGAACCUGGCCUCCCAGUCCGUGUUGGAGGGGCUUAACGCCUGUCUGGACCACAGAGCCGAGGUGUUCAUCCCGGAACUCGGCAAGACUUUCACCAUUCAACACGAGCAGACGCGACUGUUUGCCUGUCAGAACCCACUCAGCCAGGGCGGAGGACGGAAGGGGCUGCCUCGCUCAUUCCUCAACAGGUUCACUCAGGUAUACAUAGAGCCUCUAUCGAGAGGGGAUCUGUUGUUUAUUACCACGGCCAUGUUCCCCGUCAUCCCAGAGGAAAUCUUGGCAGCCAUGGUGGACUUCAACAUGGAGCUCCACAACCAGACAAUGAAACAGGGUUGGUGGGGACACCGUGGAGGACCCUGGGAGUUCAAUCUGCGGGACUUGUUCCGCUGGUGUGAGUUGCUGCUGGCCAAUCAGGUGUCCGGAGACUUCCACUCAGGAGAAUAUGUGAGGCUGGUCUACACUGAUCGGAUGAGGACAUUGGCAGACAAGGCAAAGGUGUCUCAAGUGUACAGGACCCACUUCUCUGGCCUGAACAUGAAGGGUGUGUAUGCUGGUUCCCGCUACGUGGGUGUUGGUGUAGGACACGUCCAGAUAGGCCACGCCUUCCUGACGAGGUCAGCAUGUGACCCCACAUCCAGCAGACAGGUGGCGCUACAGGUGUUGCACCAUCACCUUGAGCCGCUAGAGUCCCUCGCCAAGUGUGUCGACAUGAACUGGAUGGCUAUUCUGGUUGGCCCCCAGUCAUGUGGGAAGUCCAGCAUGGUGCGUCUUCUGUCGGAGCUGACCGGCACCACCCUCCAUGUCCUACCUAUGAACAGUGCCAUGGACACCACUGAGCUACUAGGAGGAUUUGAACAGGCGGAUAUAUUUCGCUAUGUGGAAGAAGUCGGAACUGAGGUCAAGAGGUUUGUGAAACAUAUACAGAGGGAGCUGUUGUGUCAACAGACGACCCUGACCUCUACUACAGUACAAACGUUGGAUCGUGAAUGGUCUGUCUACACCAACUUAAUCACACAAGGUUCAGGUCAUGUGGUUUCCACUGUUGAAGAAUAUGAGUGUUUGAAGACCAAGGUGAAGGCCAUCUGCUCAGUGUUGAUGCUACUUCACAAGAUACACGACCAGAACAAACUGAUGCAAGGUGGUCUAGAGGAGCUCCAGUCACGGGUCGACCACCUCCGCGGGGUGGUGGAGAGUGAGAGGAUGAGCAACGCCGGCAGUGGCGGCACGUUCGAGUGGGUGGACAGUCUGCUGGUGAAGGCUCUACAGAAUGGAGACUGGCUCCUCAUUGACAAUGUGAACUUCUGCAGCCCGUCUGUGCUGGAUCGUCUGAACGCCCUACUGGAGCCGGAAGGUGUCCUGAGCAUCAAUGAGAGAGGUGUCAUUGACGGACAGAUCCCAGCAAUCAAGCCGCAUGCUAACUUCAGGCUAUUUCUGGCCAUGGAUCCAAAGUUUGGUGAAAUUUCUCGGGCAAUGAGAAACCGUGGUGUUGAGAUAUACAUUCCGGGAGAGGAUGAUGGCUGCCCAUAUUCAACGUAUGACACAAAGAGGAUGAUGAAAGGUUUGGGCCUGAAUGACAAGGUCUUGUGUGAUUGGCUGAUUGAUCUCCACACCACAAUGAAAGAGAGGCUGCCUCGCCCUGACCAGCCAAUGCUAAUGGACUUGCUAUGUGUGUCUGCCAUGGUGGUACAGCAGGUAGAUCGAGGUGUCUUGUGUGACAAGGCACUUUACCAUGCAGCCAAUGAUGUGUAUGUAAGGAGUCACAAGACAUCAUUGUCCAAACAGGCUGCCAAGGAGAUACUGACAGAACGCAUCAAGACUUUUCAGGAAAAUUGUGUCACUGGACAAGUUGAUGAUUGCGGCUUGGGCUAUGGCCCUUGUCUCUCUGUGGAACACAGGACUAUGGGCAGAACACGACCCUGGCUAAUGUACAGAACCCAGCAGGGUCCCUCGUGUACCUUGUUGGAUGGAUCAAGUCAGGCUGGACCAUAACUGAAGACAUCGACAGCUCUAUCAUAACAAAACUGACAACCAAGUUGAGAGGGGCAGCAGAGUUGUACAUGUCACUCCUGCCAGAGAGAGGCUGGCAGACGGCAUCAACAUG